AAUUCAGAUCGUUUUUUUCCUGUAUUCGAGAACUUAUUUUCAUGGUUCAUAUUAUUUUUGGAAAUAUCAAAGAAAGGAAUUAAGUUUAUUGGAACAACAACAACAAAAAAACAAUUUUUCACUGAUUACUUCGUUUAAUUAAUUAAAACUCCUCAUCAUUAUCACAUGCCAACAUCGAAUGAAACAUACAUCUAUCCUGAUCCAUGCCCACAACAACAACAAACGACUAAAAUGCGUUCACCUAAUUCAAUUGAACAAAAUCGUACAGAAUCAAUGAAAGAUUUAGCGGAUUGUGUUGAACAAAAUGGUGGUCUUAGGGGAUAUUUAUCUAAUGAAUCCAUUCAAUGUUCCAAUAAUAAUAAUAAUAAUAACAAUAAUCCAAAGCCAGCUAGUAUAAACGUAAAUACAACAAUGAGUAGUAUGAAUGAUAUCACAAUGACAUCGGAUCAGCAUAGCAGUAGUAAUAGUAUCACAGGUGGUGGUGUUACUGGUAGUGAUGGAGAUCGAGAUGGAGGUGGUGUUAAUCAGUUUGGCAAGAAAUUUUCAAAAACCAAUUAUUCCACACACAAUCACCCUCAUCAUCAUCAAUCACAAUUGCAUCAAAAUGGCAAUGCGAGUACAGGAGCUGAGAAAAUGUCAAGAACGAAUUUAUACAUAAAAGGAUUACCAGAAAAUUUUGAUGAUGAACAAUUAUGGCAAUUGCCACCGGAUCAAACAAAAAUCAAAUCAGUAAAAGCAGCCACUGAUGAGGAUACCAAAUGUCGGGAAUAAAGUAAGCAUUUGACACAUUGGCUAAUAUCACUGUUCCAUUAAUUUUGAAUUUUGCGCACAAACUCGUAUGUGUUUCUUUGAAUUCUGAUUGGCUAGACGUAACAUUCUAGAUUAACCAUUGGACUCAUGUAAUUUAAUCUGCAAUUUCCUGUAUGAUUCCUAUCGCAAUUCAUUGUUGUAUUUAUUUCUCUAAAUUGUCUUGUAUGGCCAAUGUCUCAUUUUUCUCUUAAAAAAAUAUAUAUAAAGCAAAAAUUAAGAGUUUUUUUUUGAAAAAUUGAACGUUGGUUUGGUUCAGAUAAAUUUUAAGCCAUUCAAACGUAUACUACUAAUAUAACUGAGCAGAUUUUGUGUGAUAAUGGAAAAUACAUUUCAGUCGUUAAUAUACAAAUCAACAUCAAAUAGAAUUUUAGACCUUUCUCCUAGAACCUUACUUCUCAUUUAGUCAAAGAAUAAGUGAAAAACAACAUCUGACCCAUGACUGUAAAGAAUGUAUAUCUUUUAGAGGAAAAGGGCACUCUUUUAUAUACAGGUUUUCAGCCUAGUGAUUAUUAUAUGGAUUAAAAUAUUUAAAGUUUAAAAAAAAGCACGUCAUAGUGAACGAACAUACCACAGACUGUCAGAAUGAAAUUGAGUGUUAUACUGACUUUUUAUUGUUCUGUAUUAAUCUUUAAUCUCAAUUUUGUUUGCUUCUUAUCAACACCUUCUCUAUUCGAAAAUAUUGUAAGAUUUCUUCUUUUAGUCUAUAUGACACACAUCUAUUUGAUAUUCCUGGAAAAUUUUGUUUCACUUGAUAUGUCUCCUCAGUUCUUAGCCUUUUUUCUUGUAUUAGAACUAUAAAGAAGAAUUUCUACCAUCAAUUUCCUUUUAGUGUUGUGUGUAAAAUCAAUUACUUACUGGUACUUGCGGAAUCAUGGGUGCGUACUACUGAGGAUUUCCAUACUAGGACGAAACGUCCAUCCAGUUCAUUCAGACUUUUAAUGAUGGUCUAGCUUAAAAAUAACUAAUGAAUUCAACUAUUGAAUUACUACAAUCUCCACAAACCCCCAUUCCUAGAAUUUUAUUGUUUGACAAUAAUUUCCAUUUAAAAUUACCAUCAACUGGAAAAAUUUGAAAACUAAUGAGAAAUGGAUUUGUGCUUUGUUUUAAUUUAACCUUUCGUAAUGGUACACACUUGCCAAAAGUUUGUACACAGAAUCGAACAAAGAAUUAUUAGGCUUAAUAAGGAAAAUGAUCCUGUAUGGCGAUUGAGACUUAAAACUCACUAGCUCUUGGUUUCAAAUUCUCUGAAUUUUAAUAUGCUAGCAGUUUGUUAAUUUUUCACAUGAAUUAUAGUAAACUAGAGAUAAAUUAGAUUGAAAGCUAUUAUUAAUCCAAUCGAUAGAAAUAGUUGGAGAGAUUUUAUCAGUUCAGUGUAAAUCUAGUUGAAAUAACAAACUUAUACAUACUUCAUCUACAGAUUUACUCUAAAUACACUUUCAGCUAUUUGAUUGAAUUCUCCAUGAUAGUGGAAUGCAUCGAUAACAUUUUUCUACCGUAACUUUGAGAAUUUAUCUAGAAGCUCGUUAGUACCUAUGACUUAUUUACUAAAAUGUUUUAUGCAAUUAUUUACAACAAAGUCUUAGACAAUGUUUAACAGAUGUUCAUUUGUCUAACGGUUUACAAUGGUUUAAUAUUACUUACUUACUUACUUACGCCUCGUGGAGGAUAAUAGAAUGUCCACCAGCACUCUCCAUUGAACACUGUCCUGUGCAAUCCCUUCCAGUUUCUAUUCAUUCUUUCUAUAUCUGCUUCCGAUUCCCGAGACAGUGUGUUCUUUGACCUUUCUCUUUUCCGUUUUCCUUCAGGUUUCCAAUUUAGCGCUUGCCUCGUGAUACAGUUUGGUGAUUUUUGUAAUAUAUGUCUUAUCCACUUCUAACGUACUUUCCAUUUAAGCUGGAAGAUGAUUUGUCCUCUCCCACAGCAGGCUGUUGCUGAUGGUAUCCGGCCAACGGAUAUUGAGUAUCUUUAGUAGACAACUGUUUAUAAAUACUUGUGCCUUUGUAAUGACGGUUAUAGAGUGGUUUACCAUACCCGUCAUGAAAACAAAAUUUGUGAACUCCACAUACCUAUAGAUCGUUGCUAUUGUUAUUAUUAGUAUUGUAAUGAACGAGAACACAGGUGGAGAUAAUCAGUGUUUCUUAAUAAAAAGUUACAGAGUGUUGUUAAAAUACAAGAACCAUAUAUUGAAUACUUCAUUUGCAAAUUUCCAUUUUUCCUUCACAUCCUGUAUACUUCUUCCCAUUCCCAAUUACUUUCUGUUUCCCUUUCUAUUCUAUUUAACUUGAUCUUAUUAGCCUUCUGCUGCCAGGGUUUUCACUUCUGAUCAGUUUCACAUACUACUUAUAUCUAUCAACAUAAGUAGCAUACAUCGCAUUAUUAUUAUUAUGGAUUUGUGAAAUUUUCGUAGAUUACAUCACUCAUUGAUAUUUAACAAUCAUUGGAGUAUCACCAUAGCAUUGUGAAGAUUGUUCAAUUCUUCAUCAAGAUCAUGAAGCGAUCGAUGUUAUGCCAUCAUUGGAAACUUGGAAGGAUUUGGCCGGUGCUUCUAAAUUUUCAUGAUCUUAAUAAAUGUUAUUGAUUUCUGAAGUGAUUCUUUUCAAAAAAGAUUGAAAUUUCACCAAAAUAAUCCCAAAGAUUAGCAUGUAUGAUAUUUUCAACGGGAUACAAAAUGAAUUCAACUUAGUCAUCCUAUAAAAAAUAUUGCUCUUCAUCAUAAAUCAUUAACACACGCGCACUGGUGUUCACUCAUAAACAUACACACACACACACACACAAAUAGAUGGACACAUCCACAUAUAGGCAUACUAGUUUCAAUCCGUUCAAUUUUUCAAUGUUUAAUUAAUGUUUUUAAUGUUUAUGUUAAUCUGUACCUCUUUUAUUUGACUACUUGAAAUGAGACAAACAUGGGUACAUUUUAAUCGCUAACCUUCAUCAAUGUUACAAUGUAAAUAUUGAAAAAACAAACUAAUAUUUAGGAAAAAAUAAUUAUCCUGAAAAAGGAAUUAAUUUUAUUAAUCAUUAAAAAUGAAGGUUAACACUUAUUGAUUGAAAUCAUGAACCGAUUGAUGUUAGACCACCGUCGUCCAGUGCUUCCAGGUUUCCAACGGUGGUCUAACAUCAAUCGAUUGAUUAUCUCAAUCCAAAACUUAAUACUCUCCACAAUCCUUAUACUGGUAAUUUAACACUUAUGUUUAACUGGUUUCACAAACUAUGCUAAUCAUUUUAUAGUCGCUAGUUUUUUUUCAACAAAAAAAUUCAGUUCUGAUAUGUAAUACACUUUACGAAUCAAUGUGUGGUGUAUGCUACUCAUUAUGUUGAUAGAUAUAAGUAGUAUGUAACAUCGAUCAGAAGUGGAAUGUCUGUCGGAGGAAGGUUGAAAAGAUUGAACUGAAGAAAGCAGAUAAGAAUUAAGAAUUGGAAGAAUCAUGAAGGAUGAAAGAUUUGCAAAUGAAGUAUUUAAUGUAUGGUUUUUCACAUUUUAUAAAAGAACUCUGUAAUUUUGAAUUAUAUUAGUCUUCUCCGGCUGAGUGUUUGUUCACUACAAAAUUGAGUAAAGUUGAGAUGAAAAUUCACUUGUGAGAGAAGUAGAUCAAAGGACAUUGUGUGUUUUGAUUACGCUUUGAUUGUUUGUGUCUAACACUGAUUUUCCCUCUUUUUCAUGUGUAAUUUUAUUCUAUAAAUCUAGUAUGCAGAUUCACACAUAAGUAUGGACAUACACACACACACACACAUGCACUAAACACAUUCGUACCAUCAUUCACGGUUGUUUAUUUGCGGUACAUUUGAUGAUUAGUUAAACUUUUGAAUUAAAAUGUACAAUUUUCAUUUCCAAUAAAACAAAAAAAAUUUUUUAAGUUGGGUUUCACUUGGUGAGAUAAUGAUUGGAGACGAAAAAACGAAAAAUUUUGAUCAUUAUAGAAAAAAUAUCCCUUCAACUGUUUAUUCCUUGUUAAUAAAACGUACAAUUUAUAGUUGCAUCAACAUUAUCUCAUUAAAUUAGUUAAUGAAACUUUACUUUCUUAAGUAGAGCACAAUUAUGUGCUCAUCAGAAACUGGAUGUUAUUAGGAUUUUCUAUCAUUUUCUAAUGAGAGCUUCUUACAUAUGAAAUGAAACAUGUCAAGUGCGAGAAUGUUCACGCAAUCGGUAAUCCUCAUUGAACAAGAAUCUUAAUGAUAUUGAGAAAUGAUUGUAGUUGGCUCUAGGAACAACUUAAGUUAUUUGAGCUUUUUGUUGAUGUAAAUAAACGGUAGUUUUAACGUGUCAAGUUAUCUGAGGUAACUUUCUUCCGAUUUGUAUUCUUCCAAAUGACUUUUGUUACUAAGUGAUUAGUUGUUCUCACGCUCAGUUUGAUUUUUUUGCUGUCUCUUAAGAUUACAAUUGUUGCUAUGUAAACAACAUUGCUCUAUUAUAAUCCUGUUUUGUGUAGUGAAAUUAAAAGUCUUCUCGAAAGUCCUAUCUUCUUUCGCUUCUUUACAUGUGGAUUAUUAACGUCGAAUUGUUAUCGUAUAUUAGUCAUCCUAUUUGUCUAGUCCGCUUAGAUCCAAAAUAAUUCCCAUUGGUUCGUAAUUCGGAAUCACUGCACGCUAUCACAAACCAUAGUGAAAGAACUUUUGGAUUUCAUCUCAAUGACUGAAUGAUAUCAUCUCCCAAUAGAUUUUGAGGUCCUGAGUUAAACUAAUGUGUGUGGUGUUGUUAGUAAGCAUUUCUGGUAAGCUUCAAACAGGGAUAAGUCAUUUGUUUGAUGUUUUCUUAUUCUUACCGGACCACUAGACAAUACCAAUUCAAAUGUCUACACACCACCUAACUAAAUAAAAACCUGGUGAAUUAGCAUCAAUCUCAUUUAACUAAUUCGACAAAGACUAUAGAGAACUGACAAUAUAUAUGACAAUGUCCAGGAUUUAAUGUAUGACAUAAUAGUGUAAAGGGACCAUAUUUUCAACUUCUUUUAAAUAUCUUUAUCCUUCUUUUCCAACACCAAAUAAUGGUUAAAUUACCAAACAUGACGUCAUUGGAUAAUAGACAAGAACAUCAAUUAUUCAGUUUCAUUGACACUUCCUGUGUCAGAUGUGAAGCAGUCAUCCCCCAAAGACAAUGGAAUAUGAUAACUCAAUGUUGUGGAUUGAUUGAGGUUAGUGGUUAACACAGUUGGAUAUCGGCUCAGUUGCCUAGAGGUCAAACAUUCACGAGUGAGAUUGGGUGUGUCAGGUUCGAUCCCCGUUUGCGGGGUCGUGAAUACACACUCUGAAGAUCCCCAUACUAGGUUGAAACGGUAAUCCAUUCAUCUUUAGUUUUCAAUUGUGGUCUAACUAAGAUCGGUUUUUGAUUUUAAUGGAAUUCAACAAUCUUCACAAUCUCAUACGGACACUUUUUUAUAAACAUAAACUACACUAUUGAACAGAUACUAAAGAAAAUUUCCAACUCUUAUGAAUUCUCUUGUUCGAAUCAAAAUAUAACUUAAUGCUCUAGUCCAUCUCAUUGUUACUUAAACUUUAAAUAUGCAUACAAACAUAUAUAUAUAUAUUGAGUGUUGAAAUAAUUUUCUCAUUAGAACAUUACAAUUUAUGUACAUCGUAUGCAUAAAAAAUCUUCCACUUCCUGUACAACUAAGUCGGUUGCUGAAGCAGAAGAGAAUAGAAAUCAUAAACAAGAGUAUGGCGGGACACUGUGUUAAUUCUUUUACGUUUACUUUCCCUCCCUUUCUCUCUUUUAUCUUUUCUUCACUGUUGCUAUUGUUAUAUGUGCUUUACUUAACUCUAUACGACACAUUUGUUUUAAAAUAAGACGUAAAAGUCUUAAGGGAAUAUAAUAAUAAUAAUAAUAAUAAUAAUAAUUUAUCUACCGAUUUCAGUAAUGAUAAAUCCUACUAUUUUUGGAUGUAUUUUUGAACUAUCUGUUAUUUUUGUAGUCUUCAUCUUUGAUUAACCAAAUGUUAGCAUCAUUUGGAAAGGUAUGGUGUAUAGAGGCGAACCAAUCAGAACUGACAGUGGGAAUUUUAGGCUUUCCCGUGAAGUUCAAACAUUAGGUUAACGGAUAGUAAGAAUCCUUUGUACUCAGCUCAACAAGUUUAAAACGAUUGCGGAAAAUUACCUUUUACUACUUCAGAGUAACAAUGAUAAUAGUGAAUGUAUCAGUUUCUCACUUCUGUCUCUGAAUUUUGUAUAUUAACCGAUAGAUCGAGAUUAUCCCUAAAUCCUACCCGUAAACCCUUAAUCCUGAAACAAACUUUGAUAUUUUAUGGACGAACUAAUCAGAAACCACAACUUAUGACGAAAACCCAACUCAUAAACCCUUAAUCCAUAUCUUUAAUACCUUACCCGAACUAAGAACGAUGAUGGGGAUAAUUUAUAUUCAUUAGAACGAGUUUUUAUCCAGUUGUUUUUUCAAUAUGCUAACAGAUUAAUCUGUAAAAAAGAACUUUAUUACAUUCAUUAAAUAUGUAAAAAUUUGUCUACGCUUUGUAAUAUUGUUUUCUUUACAUAAGCUGUUAUCUGACUGGUUAAGAACUGGUUGAAAAUUAGCCUCUAUUAGCUUAAACUAGUCCCUAUACUAUACUCUCAUCCAUUAUUUUUAAAUACAAACAUGUUUUAUUGAUUCUGUUUUGUCAGUCGUUUCUAACACAAUAAUAAAAUGUAUUCUAAGGAUAGGAAGUUUCAAAUACUUAAUAAAUUGGAAGGUAAGUGAACGUGAUUAGUUAUCUAUUGAAUGCCAGAAAGCACAGGACAAUUGUUCUGUUCUAAUUUGAAACUUGUUAGAAAUGUAUACAACCAUCAGGGAUUGAACACGACACCCUUAUCAAAUCUUAUGUCAAGCGUGAUGCUUUUCGACAACCUGAAUUAAAGAGAAAUUGUGGAUAGAUGAGAUGGAGAGAGUGUGAAAUAAAGACAGAAAACACACACAGAGAGAGAGAAAGAGCCAAAGGAAAGUACAACCCAUGAGUUAACUCAUUCUAAAAAGUAACACACGUGACCGGCAAUAAAAAUUUCUCAACCAAAAAAAUGUUUGUCCCUCUUUGCCUCUCGGGAAAAUAAAGACAGAACGAGAGAAAUAGUUACAGUUUCUAGUUCAGUUAUAUAAAAUUAUAAUUUAAUUCGUAAUGUUUAUACUUUUUUUCUAUGGUAAAAGUGUUAUCAUUAUUAUUGAAAUGUUAAACAGAGAAAAACAUACCACUUGACUAGUUUAGUCUGUUUUAUUUCACGUGUCUAUCGAGAGAGAAAAAAACCCAAUAAUGUUACAUUGAAUAAAGUUGUAUUUCAUAGAUGAAUGAUUUGACACACAUUUUGUGGACAUUUAGUUUUGUAUUCAAUGUUUCUAUGUUGUCAAUUAUAAAAUAAAAGGAAAUUUCAAUUCAAUUCAAUUCAAUGUUCACUUAUUCGACAACAAUACUAUUUUCACUUAGAGACUGUAAUUGAUAACUGCAUAGAAACUAAUUUUGAAGUAUUAUAAAUUUAUCAGAAUGGGUUUUGUGGGGAUUUUUAGAAAUUUCACUGGUUGAAAUCAUGAAUCAAUUGAAGCUAGACCACCAUGGUGUACGAUGGCGUGACUUCGUGGAUUGGUUGAAGUUAGACAUUAAUACCGUUGGAUGCUGACUAGCUCAGUGUUCUAGUUGGUUAAGCGUCUGGCGUGAGACUGAUAGGUCCUGAGUUUGAAUCUCGCGGGGGGGCGGGAUCGUGGAUGCGCACUGUUGAGGAGUCCCAUACUAGGGCGAAACGGCCGUCCAGUGCUUCCAGAUUUUCCAUGGUGGUCUAGCUUCAAUUGACUCAUGAUUUCAACCAGUGAUAUUAUGAAUUUAUUCAUUGAGAUUAAUCAUUCAUAAUAGAUUUCAUGUGGAAUUCAUGCAAAAUGUUAAGUAUUCUGAUCCAUUCUUAAAUAAAAUCAACUAUCUAGUUCGAAUCUUUGAUACAAUCAUAAUGUGUAAUUAAAGAUCAUAAGUGAAAUGUUUUAAAAUUGGUCUUACAUUGAUCCUACAUCAUUUGAAUGAUGAGUUUUUAUCUCAUAUUGGAUACUUUACAUCUUCAAAUCUGGUUCAUUUGUAUGUUUGUUUAUUUUUUGUUACAAUCGAUAUUAUUAUUCCCAUUGUGUUGUUUCUUAUCUGGGUAAUUACAUUAUAGGAAAUAUGUUAGCUAGAACCGGAUACAUUUUUGAUUGCCAAUGAACUAAACUAUUAAUUACCUACCUAAGUAACUAACUGACAAACAACUAGUCAGUGAUUAAAACAAUUAAUCACCUAUAAUCAACGUAGAGCGUUGUAAAAAUAUUCGUUAACCUAGAUUUCUGUUACUAUAUCAGCAUGAAGAGAUAAGACUAGUAAGUGUAUCAAAAUGAUGAUAGUGAGAAUGACUAGACAUUGAGAUGGUUCAGCGAGAGGGAAUGAAUAUGCAUAUACGAAGAACUACUGGAUCUCGAUUUCUAGAUGAAGAUAAAGAGUGAGUGUAUGUGUACCACUGUGAGAGAUUUUGAGUCAUGUCAUGAAUUGGUGUCACAUUUUGGUUUGUCUAGUUCUAACUUACUAUCAGUCAAAUCCUACUCCCGUCAAUAUUAUAACUCCAAAUAGGAAGUGAUUGAUAAUGCAUAACACAUUUUGCAACCACUUCAUUUAAUGAAGAUUCACAGAAUAGGGAAAUUUUUCAGAACCUAUGGAAAAACUCAAAUUUAGAAAACAAUUCAUAAUACAUUAUCUUAAUCUCUGUUUCACCAAGUUCUGAACUGAUUACAAAUUUUCUUAGUUUUUCUCAAAAGGAUUCUAAAAUCCAUAAGUCAAUUUUAAUCAUAUGAGAUAACUACUCUUCUUUUUUGUACAUGAACAAAUCUUGAGAGUUAAACUUCCUUCGUAUCUACACCUUCUGUUUUACCCAAAAAAAAUCCAAAGUGGAAGUCAAAUAAUCGUCUAAGAAGUCGACAUGAGUUCAGUAUGUUAUACUUCAUAUGAAUAUAGGCCAAUUUAUGUAUUCACAUAUCAAAAUGGGGUUUGUGGAGAUUGUAGUAAUUUAAUGGUUCAGUUCGUGAGCCAAUUAAAGUUAGACUACCAUUGAAAACCUGGAGGUGUUGGGCGAUCGUUUCGUCCUAGUAUGUGAUGCCUCAGCAGUGCGCAUCCAUGAUCUACAACCUCCACAAAAACCCCAAUCUGUUAAUAAUAAUAAUCGUAUGCUUACUAGUGAUUGGCUUCAAGAGAUAUUUCCUGAAGUUCUAGUGAGAAGCCGUGACCAAUGGAGUUUAACCGUGUAUGUUGUGAGGCAGUGUUUUACUAAAGACAGUAGUGGACAGUGACGCAAUAUCGCGGAUUGGUUGAACUUAAACAUUAACAUCUUUCGAUGCCAACCCAGUGCUCUACAGGUUAAGCGUUCACGCGCAAGACUGAAAGUUCUAGGUUCGAGUUGUUUUUGGUGUGUAAUCGUAGAUACGCACUGGUGAGGAAUCCUAUCCAAUGCAUCUUGGUUUCCCAUGAUGGUCUAGCUUUAAUCAGCUCAUACAUCGUUUUAUUGCUUUGCAAAUAAAUAUUCAUCAUUGUAUACAUACAAAAACAUUUUAUCGAAUCAAUAAUAACGAGUGAAAUAGAAGUAAAUAUACAAAACACUACAGUUAUGAUUGACCUUUGAUUUUCCAUUCCCGGAAAAAUCAGAUUAAACGCGAUAGUAAGAAAUGUAUUUAUUUACAGAGCUAUGAGAUACAUUAACGGAUUAGAAACAAAAUAAACAUUAAAAGAACGAAUAGAACAAACGACUAAAGAUAAUCAUGGUCUUGUUAAAAAAAAACAGAUACCCGAAUUAACAUAUUCAAUAAUGAAUGAGUCAUACAUACAUGUGUGUGUGUGUGAUUGCGUGUAUACAAGUAUGUGCAUACGUAUCCAAUUAAUCGAUCGGUCAUUUGAUUUCAUUUGGUGAUACAACACACACAUGUGUGUAUGUGUGUCUUGUAAAGACUGAGGAAGAAUUAACGUGGGAACUAUAUUAAUUAGCUGAAACGAUAAAUACUUUGAAUAAUAAUAAUAAUAAAUAAAAUGUGUGGUGUUAUUUUCGUUCUUUUUCGUUUGUAUGUAAAUAAUAGAUGUGUGUGUGUGUAUGUGUGUGUUACGAAGACUAUUUCACAAGUAUUAUUGAAUAAUCCAUAUAAGAGCAUUGAAUUAUAUGUCAUCAUAUUUACUAUCAACCUUGUUAUUCAGUGAAAUGAACACUUUUAAGGAUUACUAUCUAAUGGGGAUAUUGUGAGGAUGGUUGGUUUUUGAUAGCUAACAUAGCGGACUGAACGUUGAAAACAAGGACACAUUAGACAUUUGAUUUACGACUCAGAACUGUGGACCGAUUGAUAUACUUCUGGGUUUUCAUCAACUCAACGAUUGAAUUACUACAAUCUUCACAAAAAAACCCAGUCUGAAAAUAAUCUAUAUUAUCAUUGUGAUUAGUUACUAUGACAAUGUUAUUCUUGAUGACAGUGAUAACUGCCAGAAAGAGAAAAAUACUUGAAUCUAAUAUGAUUUAAGUUGUUAUUUUUUGGUGUUGAGUAGAAGAGAAACAAACAACAUUUGUUUCAUUUCAUAGAAUACAUCAUUGACUGAUCAUAAUUAGACAAUCGUAGAAAAACAGCCAGUUCUGCUCAUGUCUUUUUGUCCUAGUAAAGGUCUCAUCAACAAGGUGCAUACAUCAUUUCAUCAGAGACUUAUUGACUGACUAAACAGUUUACCAAUAAUUAAUGAUUUUACCGUUACGUCAUUGAUCUGUCUACCCGAUGAUAUACAGAAGAGAACUUGUCUCGAUAUAGGUUAGGGCUUUGACAUGACAGGCUAACUAGUUUAACCUUGAAGCUAGAAAAAUGCGCCAGUCUGAAUUGCGACUGACAGCCUUGGGUAGAAAAAUGAGAGCUAUUCUAUAACCUGAUUGGUUGACAAGCGAGAGAGAGAAGACAAGUCAGUUGGAACACUACUCGAUGUAUUUCCGGUUACCGAUUCCGACUCCCAAUUCAGAUUAAUGUAAAAAAUAUAUGAAUAGAUAAAUAACUAACAUGACCACAACGUACAAACAUUUAGAAAAAUACAAUUAUGUUCAAACUGAGCAUUGGAACAGAAAGGGCUAUGGCAAUAAAUCCUACAUCAAACCAAAGCUUAUGGUUUGUAGAAUAAACCAGGGACAAAGCUAAAUUUUAGUGUUUUAGAAGCUUUGAAUUAAGUAAAAUAACGUCCCCAAAAAUGGCCUCCGUUGUUUGUCAUGGCUUCUUUGUUUCUCUGAUUACAUCACAAUAGAUGGGAUUUAUUAUUUAUAGUCGACUAAUAAUAUAUUACAGACUAUAAUUACUAAACGGAAUAAGCGUGGGAAAAGAUCGAAAUUAUCAGCAGUAUGUUGUUUUAAAUGGUGAUUAGAGAUAAUUAGUAGGAAACUCCGAUCCUAGUUUUUGUGCUAAUUAGGAAGACAUAAUCUACAGUCAUGAAGUAAUACAUUUUCUGUUUUCCAACCCCUCUUAUCAGCCAAUGUCAAGGUCAGGAGUAGUUGACUGGCCGUACUGGAGAUGGUUAAACAGCUUUACUGUUGGUUAGUUCUCAAUAAUUCAAUUAAUUCCAUAUUUCAUAAUUUACGUUACGGAUUGAUAUUAGUCUUUUUGGAAAAUAACCGAACACUAAAAGCUAACCGCGAGACCUUAAGAUCUCAAGUCCAUUAACCAUUUCUAAAGACUAUCAUACUGAAUAGAAGGAGCUGUGAAUUGCUUCCUGAUUCUCAAUGGUUAUCUCACUAAGAUCAGUCAAUAAUUUUAACCAUGAAAUUCAAGUCUCUACAUAGCUCACAUUGUAGUAUGCUUAUUGCUUUACAUUACACAAUGGAAAUAAUUGCAAUCCAAGAAAAAAGGAUCCAGUAAAUAAGUUGAUAGACAACAUCCAUUCACAUUUCCAAUAAUAAUAAUAAUAAUGAACAGUAAAUACUAUACUCACUCUAGAACACCAAUAAGAAAAUACUCUUCAGGAAAAUGGAAUCAAUCAUUCUACUUCAUGGAAUCGAUCGUUUUCUCUCUUAAAAUAUUAUACAAGGAGAAAAUUUUAUAUCAAUUAAAUAUUAACUGAUUUGUUUUUUUCCAUUAAAAUACAUUUAAUCAGUUUGCUAAUUUUAAAUAGUAUCGUUGAUCUCAUUCAUCAUGUUCACCAAAGAAUUAAUCCCUGAUUUCGUGCUGUUCUUUUUCGAUUCUCGAAUCUAACUGUAAACUUUACAGAUUGAAAUCAUGAGUCAAUUAAAGCUAGACCACAAUGGAUAACCUGGAAGCACUGGGACUCCUCAGCAGUGCGCAUCCACGAUCCCGCACCCCGCGAGAUUCGAACCCGGGACCUAUCAGUCUCGCGCCAGGCGCUUAACCAACUAGACCACUGUCAAUCAAAUAAGAAGUUAAUUUAUAGUAGUUUAGAUUAUCCUAACAGGUACACCAACUAAGAUUAACUGAGGAGAUAAUCUAAAUUAUUACAAAUAAAAUUAAAAUUCAUAUCCAUUACUCAACUAAGUAACUAUCUAGUCUCAAUGAGUAAAUGGAUAAUGCAUUAGGUGUUUGAAACAAAAGAUACUUGGUACAAAUCUUCCUGAUAUGAACAUCAAUCCUAAGAUGUAGUAGACAUACCAAUUCCAAAUAGAAUGAAACAUUCAUCCUGAAUUUCUAUACUAGUCACUUUCUAUCUAUUUGAUAUAAACAAAUGAAACAAAUUAUGAUUAACACCAACCAUUUUAAUCAUACAACUAAUCUUCAAAAUCCAAAAAGAGACAAAAUUCCCUUCAAUGGUUGUAUUCUUUCAAAAAAAAUAUCCAUUAAAUCAAUUUAUGCUUCUUUCUCUUUCGUUCUAUUUUGUUUGUCCAUUGAUUUAAUGAAAUAAUUAGAUUUUCAUCUGUCCAUCAUUUUCUUCGUAGCCAUUUUUUUCCCUUGAAUAAAAAAACGAAUCGAUUUGUAAAUUACAAAAGUCCAUUUGAAUUGAAAAAAAUUUUUUUAAUAUAAAUAUUUUUCGAUAAAAUAAUAUUUUAUUUGGGUAAACAUUUCAAACCAACCCCCUCCAAAAAAAUCAUAAUCUCCAUGCUUUAUAUUGAAUGAGAUGGAAAUUUUAAAUUAGUGCUAACGGGCCGGUGGUCUAACGGUUAAGCACUCGUGCGCGAGACUGAUGGGUCCUGUGUUCGAACCUCCCGGCGGGUGGGAUCGUGGAUGCGCACUGGUGAGGAGUCUCAUACUAGGACGAAACGGCUAUCCAGUGAUUCCAGGUUUUCCAUGGUGUUCUAGUCUCAAUUGAUUCAUGAUUCCAACUAUUAAUAUUUUCUAAGCAUAUAUAUAUAUAUAAUGAUCAAGUUUAAGUGAGAUAAAGUGUUGUGAACAUUAGGCACAGAUACUGUAAUAAACAAAAACAUAGGUGAGGAUAACCGAAUGUAUAUGAAUACAAUAUCACAGAAUAUUUUGGUAAAAUUUGAGAACCAUAAAGUAAAUACUUUAUUUACAAAAUAUUCAACAGUUAUCUCAGAUUUUGUUGUUCCUUCAUUUCUAUAUCAAUCAUAUUAUGUUCUCAUUCUGAGAUGGGGGAGAAGAUUUGUAGCUCAGGUAGAUGAUUUUGAUGGAGUUUUGUUCUCAUUCUCUUAUUUGUUCAAUGUUCUCAACUUUCUGCCUCUAGGCAUUCCACAUUCGACUGGUAAUACAUACUAUUGAUAUCUGUCGAUAUCAGUAACACACACCACAAUAUUACUAAAGUGGUUAUUAUUAUUAAUAUUAUUAAUAGCUUUAUUCAAUAUUAUAUUUUUGGUACAAUAUAGAAUUCUCAGAACAAAGUAUUUCGACAAGUUUCCUUUUCUUAUUUCUUGAUUGAUCCUGGCGAUAAAUAUUGAGUGAUCAUCGAUUAGAUUUUAGCAAUUCACGAAUCGAUAUCUGAAUAAUGUUGAUUCUUUUCAAUACCCAUUGCGACCACGAUGUCUCUGAUGACUGUACUUGUACAACGAAGGGUUGUAGACGUUACAUAAACUCCCCUGAAUAAGUUAUGCAAUUAAUAGAUAUAAUGAUAUGUUAAAACAAACAAGAAAUAGAUAACUUGUUGAAAUAUCUGGAUGACAGAAACAGGUAGCCGAGGUAUUCAGGCAGGUCGCCGUCUUAACUAUUAUUAUAUUAACACCAGUUUAAAUGUAUCUGAAGUUAAUCGAAAUGUUUUGAUUAUUCAGUAAUUACAUUUUAUCUGACAGUUUCUAGUCAUUAAGUUAGUUAAUUUAAUAAUUGCAUUCUGUAUAUUAGAGCGUAAUUUAUAGAACGAAAUAUGUUUCCCUUCUUGAAUUGAUAUAAUUUCAAAUUUGUUGGUGGACUGUAGACAGCCUACAUGGAACUCCUAUUAUAUUGAAGUUUAAUAUUAUUAUUUAUGCUGUCAACUUCUCAGUCACAUAUAUUAUUUAACCUUAAAUUAUCUCAUAAUUUCUAACGAUGUUACUUAGUAUGAACCUGUUUAAGCUAUACUUUUAUUAUUCCACAGAGCGAAAAUGAUUACACUGUCAAUUUUUUUCAUAAAACCGAGAGUAGAAAGAUAAGUACUUUACCAAUUAUAACAUUUUCCAGGAUCUUCUGUAUCCAUCAAUAUUGGGUUGUGGGUAUUAUUAAGUUUUUGAUUGAUAUCAUGAACCGAUUGACGUUAGACCACCACUGAAAACCUGGAGGCAUUGGACGGCGAUUUGGUCACAGUGUGAGACGCACCCACAGUACCACUCGUGGGGUUCGAACCCAGGGCCUUCGGUCUCGAGCGCGAACGCUUAAUCUCUAGACCAGUGAGCCGGUAUCCAGCGGUAUCAAUGUCUAACCCCAACCAGUCCACGAAAUCGUGCAACCAUCUUCCAUUGUACUGAGGUAGAUACCUAUCUCUACCUGAAAAUGGGAUUUUAAAGUUUUCGUUUUGGAAUAGAAAAGAAUACGACAGUGAUUUAUGUAUUAAACGAAUGCUUAUGAUCCACGACAUCAGCUACUACUUAAUGAACAAUCAAUGGAAAUAUGAAUCAACUUAUUGUUUUUCUUGUUUUAAUAAAAUGAAAACUGUGUCAUGAAAUCCAUUACGAAACUCAAUAAUAUUAAGAAAUGAUCAAAUUGAUAAUCUAUUAAACGUUACAACAAAACGAAGAUCAAUUAAAUCCGCACACACACAUUCAUACAUUAAACGACCAAUUAAUUCACAUAAAGUCUUGCCUUUUCAGUGAACUGUUUAUUGAAAUUCAUGGCAUAGAGGUGAUUUAAGAAGAAAAAUACUGAAAUGAAUGCAUCUUUUCAUAGUGUAAUAUGAAUUAGAAAUAUAAUUGUUACGUGAAUCGUCAGUGUCAUAUAUGUAUCGUCCACUUAAUUAAGAGUCACAAUACAUACAGGAUUCAAGGAACCAGACAUUGAACUCCACCUUUUAUCUGAUUUUGUGUGACAAUCAUCUAAUGUAUUCACUGAUAACUGUUUCGUUGAUGAACUGGUUGAAGUUGGGAAUGUGUACCGUUAGUUUAAUCGGCUAAAUGCUCUCCAUGUGAUAUGAAGGUCCUGGCCUUGAAUUAUCGCGAAGUCGCACUAUAAAGAAAAAACGCGUUUUAGUUUUCUGAUAUUUCAAGUGAUAUAUUUUUUUUCUAAAGUUAAAACCAAGAUCUUAACCACUGUCCUCAUAAAGACUGUUUCAAAAUGUUCAUAGUUAGCUGAUUAGUAACUAUAAUCACUGGUCAUCUUUUUAAGCGGUUAUCAAUGUAAAAUUAAUAUCACUUAGUUUAAUAGACGAACUGUCAAAGAUUAUAUUCAACUUGUUAUGAAAAAUACUUAUUACAUUAACUUAAAAAUUAUUCAGUCAACAAAUACCCAUAAUUCCCAUGGAUUAUUGAAUCAAUGACUUUGAAUAAUGUUCUUGUUGGAUGCCCUCAAUAAUUUUCCGAAAAACCCUUCAGAAGUUAGGAAAAUGUUGACAACACUCCAACCAAAACAGUUUUCUUUAGAAUACAAAAAAAAGAAACAGAUUAUAAGCUGAGAUGAUAGUGGCUAGCAGCGGAAUCCAGGAUUCGUGUUUCCUUCUAUUCGGGACUCGUCAGCUGAAUGAACCAUCAUCUCAGCUUACAAUAUUGAGACAAUCCGCAAAAAAUCCACAUAUAACAAUAAGAGACUGAUCAAUUGUAUUCCUAAUCAUCAAAGGGGAGAUUCAAGCAAUCAGUACAAAAGUCGAAAAACAGAUUAUUUUUUCAUUAUCCAGACUGAAUAAUUAUUGAUGAUUUUUAACUAAUAUUAGCCCAUUUUCGAGACGCAUCAACAAUUUAAAAGUCAUGUAUAAUUGUAUAAACACCCUUGUUUUAUAUGCUUGAACUGACCUUGAAAGUAAAGACUUCUCCAUAGUUCCUGUCUUUUGUUUCUCUGUUCAUGACUCAAAGUGGUAGAUCAUUGAAGACUACGAAACGGUUAGUUGGUCGUUAUCUGCGUCUAGACGUAUCAGUUCCAAUUUAACGCAUACAGUGGUGAACUGAUACUAUAAGCGACCUAGUAGCCCUUUUUUCAGAAAUGAGUAGAAUAAAAUCAACAUGAGAUAAAAUUCAAUCAGAUCAUCUUGAAAUAUUUUAUUAUAUUCAAAACAUAAAAAAAUGAUUCCAUUUAAUCCCUCAAUACCAAUCGUAUUGGUAUGGUGAGAUGCAACAGUUGAAUUUACUCUUAUUGAUUUUCUAUUUAUUUAGAUUCCCAACAACAAUAACAACAACAAACCCCUAUUUUUCACUAUAGAUUACUUGAAAAACGAACUGCUACUUCUUAUAAUUUUUAAAAAACACGCUACAAUUGUUUUAUAUAGUCCAAGUAUGAAAGCUGUUGAAUUUAUCUCCCCUUAUACCACCCAACCUAUUUAUCCUCUUUUAAAUCCAUAUCAUUCAAUGGAAGAAAGAAGAAGAUAAACAAAAUUUUCUUAAUUCUCGUCAAUAUUCGAAUUAAAAAUGAUCCAGGAGAUUCUGCAAUUUGAAAUUUAUAAUUUAUAUCGUUUUUUUUCUUAAUUCGAAACUAAAGUUAUUUUCUGAUUUGACUGAUAUAUGUGAUUAGUGUAUAUAUACAUAUAUGUUUGUGUAUGUAUUUAUUGACACUACUUAUAUCGAUACUACGAUGAUUAUUACUAUAAUACCACUAGUGUUGAUAUAUGGAACAGAUGUUGUAUGCCAAAAUUUCUUUUUCCUUAUCAUAGAAACAUUGUUUACCUAAAAAAAUAUUGGCAUAUGAUAUUGGAUAAUUGUAUUGUUCGAUUAUUAUUAUGAUUAUUUUGUCAAAAGAGUUUUUUUAUGUAUAUGACAAUAUUACAGUUGAUAUACAUUUACAAUAUUUAUCAAGACUCAGUAGUUCAGGGAAUAAUGAGUUAGUAGGUUUGAAGCGAAAGAUAUCCGGCUAAAGUCCCAGUGUGAACAAUAAGAUUGAUAAUGAGUUUCAAAUAAGAUCAAAUGUGUAUCCUGAAUAAAAAAAUAUUAGCCACUACCCAGUAUUACUAAACUUGUAUUAAAAGACAAUACUGAAGCAAUCUGUUCAGAAUACACAUACACCAACAGAGAUUGAUCAAUUAUAGUCCCUAACAUCGAUUACGGGACAACUUAGACGUUCACAUAUAUAUUAUAUCAUAUUUUUAAUAAAAGCUUAAAUGAAAAGUGAAUUACAUACAAACUCUCCUGAAGUUGUCUUCUUCAUUACUGUCUUCCCCCCUACUUCAAGUUUCGUAACGUAGGCAGCCUGAAUUUGGAUCCUUUGGUGCACAUCAGUUUCAAAAAGAUGACAAUUUAGCUGUGUUGUUUAACAAGUACCAACUAAUACAAAACUUAGAAUUAGAUUAGCGUUAGACCUUUAGAAAAACAUAAUUAUUGUUACUUAACGAUCAAUCAGUAUACUGUUUCUCUCUCUUACUCUAAUUUCAAUGAAUAUUGAUCUUUGUUAUAAUAAGAAUUUUGUAGAGACUGUUAAAUAUUUUAGUUUCAUAUCAUAGACUAACAAACACUGGAUGGUUAUUUCGUCCCAAUGUCUGACUCUUCAACAGUAUAUAUUCAGGACUAGACUAGAAAUAGAACUCAGUAAUUUCUGGUCUCUCAUAGAGCGUUUAACAUUCAGAUUAUUGGAAUUGAUGUUGUUAUCGAUAAUUAAGCAUGAGAUAUAAUGUAUAUCAUGAUAAUAUCACACUUCAUAUAUUAUAGUGCAUUGAGUACAGAACCUUAGGUGAUAUCAAUCAUUCUAUAACUUAUCUCUCGUUUCUAUAUUUUAAUAAUAUUUCCUCAUGUAUACAAUGGAAUAUAAAAAGACUUUUAUAAGCAAUUAUACUGCAUUAGGAUGUGUAAGUAGAAGUUUUAUUAAGGCAGGUUCCCAUCAAUGAAAACAGAAAAACUAUUGACAAAUGUUUUCUUCGAGCAACUAACUUCUCUAAGAUACAACUCUGUUUGGGUAUCGAAUUUACACAAAUUAGGUCUUUGGACAAGUACAUGGGUUCACUUUAAACCAUUGAGCAACUACCAUUUAAUAUUUCAUUACUCAAUCACGAAGUAAGACCGUCACUGGUGAUCGUCAUCAAUGAUCUCUGCCAUACAGCUAAAAUCACGAAUGAAAUCUACCUAUGUGUAGUAGCUUUUCAGAAGAAUUUCUAGAAGUAUCCUAAAUCUAACAAUGAACUGAGUAUAUGGAACUUCAAUGAGUUCCAUUAUCUAAGUUAAUAAAUAUUGAUUUUUAAUUCACCGAACAGUCGACUGAUAAUCUUCAUCUUAUUUGCGCUUUGUUAAAACCUUUAUGUAUGUACGAUGAGAUUUAGCAUAACUUUUUGUAAUGAUUUAUAUUGCCUUAAGCUGUUUAAUAGUUAACUUUAUCAUUUCUCCCAACAUUAUUGUUUUUCUACAACUACCUACCUACUAGCAUUGCUUUAGUUCAAUAUUCAACCUUUUGUUAAAUGUUUUAUUAUAUACUAGUGAGAAUAUUUUAAUUCACUAAAUAGAUCAGAUAAAGUGUGAGAAUGGUUAAAUCCUGGAUUCUUAUUCUUCAAUAAAUAUUGAAUCCUUUUAAUAAAGUUCAAUAGUAACUAAUUAUGGAGUACAGGACGUGUAUUUUAUACUUAGACUGGCCGUUUACAAUCGCAUGUACCUCUGCGUUGAUGUUUGUAUUAAAACUUGUAUAUAGGUACUUACAGAAUCAAAUCCCAACUUUUUAUCCAUUGAAUAACUGAACCCAGAUACUCAUCCAUUCAAUAAGUAUGAACUUUAUUUGUAAGACCUUGUAUUUUUCUAUUAUUUAUAUUAAGAACUUCAGGUACACAUUCCAUUGACUAGUUCAUAAUGAGAUAAUCCAAAUUCACCAAAAGUAUAUAACUGAAUGACUUGUAACAACUCACUAAAGAACCAUAGAUACCAAUAAAAAAAGAAAGAGAGAGAAAAAAACUGAUCAGCCGAAGAUUUUAACAUCAACAAUGGGAAAAUAUAAAACCCUAAAAGUAAUAUUGAUUUGCGUCUAGUCUUUUUUGUAUUUAGACAAAUUUCUAAAGUGAAUUAAUUAUCUUCUUCAGUAAUCACUUUUUUCCUUCACCUUUAAAUCAUAAUUAUUAAGAAAAAAAGUUGUUAUGAGUAUAGUGUUUGUUAGGAGGAAUACUACACAAAAAUUGUCCCAGUUAUUGUACAUUUUAUUAUAUUUUGUGUUCAGAUGACUGGAAAAUAUGUAUAAAUUUUAUUCUACACUCAACAACAAGAGGAAUAGUUUUUUUUAAAUUUACCAAUAGAUAAACAUAAUUGACAUACGUUGUUUUAUUCUAUGGAAAAUCACGUGAAACAAUGAAAAAGUAGUUACGUUUUAAAUUGGGACAUUUACCUCGAAUAAAAAAAGAACAUUGAUCAAAUUAAUAAUUAAGAAAAAUAUAUAAAAAAAAUUGUUCCCAUGGUCAAGUAAGUUUCAAAAAGGACAUUAUAUACUACUAAAAUAUGGUCAUAUGGUUAAGCCAUGCUCUACUGACUACCCUUAGUCAUCCUUUAAAUGACCAUGAAAAAAUGAAGUCAAUAUUUGACCAAUUACAAUCCAGGUAAUAUGAAUAAAUACUUAUUCACUUACUUACGCUUGUUACUCCUCGUGAAGGAGCAUAGGCCGCUCACCAGCAUUCGCUAUCCAACUUUGUCCUGAGCAAUCCUUUCCAGCUCCUUCCAGUUGUUAUUCAUCUUUUUCAUAUCUGCUUCUAUUUCCCAACGUAAUGUGUUCUUUGGCCUUCAUCUUUUCUGCUUCCCUUCAGGAUUCCAAGUUAGAGCUUGUCUCGUGAUACAGUUUGACGAUUUGCGUAAUGUAUGUCCUAUCCAUUUCCAUCGUCUUCUAAUUUCUUCUUCAGCUGGAAGAUGGUUUUUUCUCUCCCACAAAAGGCUGUUGCUGAUGGUAUCCGUCCGAUGGAUGUUGAGUAUCUUGCGUAGACAGCUAUUUAUAAAUACUUGUACCUUCUUGAUGGUGGUUGUUGUAGUUCUCCAAGUUUCAGCUCCGUAGAGUAGAACUGCCUUGACGUUGGUAUUGAAGAUUCUGACUUUGAUAUUGGUUGAAAGUUGAUGAGUGAGUAACUCAUGACAUAUAUUUUUGAAAAGACAAGGGUUUCGAGUGAAUAGUUGAGAUCAAUAUUUCAAAUUAGGAAUUGGAGCUAAUAGUUUGAAUUACAAUCAAUCUUUUAACUUAGUGUAUGGAAAUCAUUGGGUUGGAAUUGAGAAAUAAUAGUUUGUACUAAAAUGAAUCACACUUUGUAAACAUAUGAAUGAACAUUGAGAUGGUGGAGAAGACUUCUAUCUGAAGUUUGUGCUGAUGAUGUCGGUCAGAAGAAUGAUGAAAGCUCCACGACCAAACCAUCCAGCUCAGAGAACAAAACUCCACCAAAAUAUGAAUGAACGCCUAUGCAGUUAUUUCAUUGCCUUUAAAUAUCAGGAAUCAUUGAAUUAUAAAUUAUAGUCCUUCUGAUAUAAUCAAUUCUAAAUAUGAUCUCAGUAACUAAGUAUUGACAGGGUUUAGAAAACUCUUUAUAGGGUUCAAGCUAUCCAUCAAUGUGUUUCGAAUUUCUUCAAAAAUCUAAAUAGUCCAACUUGAAAUUUGAUUAAUUGGUCGAUUAUCUUACUAGUUUGACACUCUGAAGUUAAUUAACCUUAUGAAUUGAUUCCAAUUGAAAUUUCAUCGAAAAUGAAUUUUUUCACUUUACGCUUAUUUCGCCCUAAUCAAGGAUUCUUCAACAGUGUGUAUAACGAUAUUGAUUAUCAUUUAAGGUGCUGAAUCUCGAUGUCAUACACAGUUCAUAUUCUAAUCAUUUGACCUUCAUCAACCUGGCUUAAUUGCAUUAUUCACCAUCCUCGUUUUUUUUUCAAGUUUCAUUAAGUCAGAAAGAAAUCAAGAUAUUAUACAGUUACAAGUUUUCCCCUCCUCCUACCUUGAAAUCACUGACAAAUUGAUUGAUUUAAUGAUAAUAAUAAAUAAUAUACCCACUAUAUAUAUAUACAUCACUUGAAAGACAACAAAAUUAAUCGAUACUGUAUACACAAUGUUUGUGGUAAAAUAAUAAAAUUAUUACUUUUAACUUAGGUGCACUACGGAACAUUUAUGCUGAAAUAUGCACCUUGGGAAAUUUGACAGAUUAUUAAAAACUAUGGGUUUACGUUUGUAUAUAUAUAUAUAUAUAUAUACAGAAUUAUUAUGUUUUAUAUCUAACUUGAUGUCAGUCUUCUGUCAUUAGAUGUCACUGGGUAAGAAGAUGAAUUGGAUAACUGACAUAUACUUAUUUAUUAUCAUGAAAUGGAUGUUUAUUCAAUUCAUAACCAAAUAUUCAUCGGCUAAACAGUGAAGUUGAUUGGUAUAUUUUUUUCAACUGAAGUGGUUAUGUUUAUUAUGUGGCGUCAAAAAUUCCAUUCUAAUUCUUUCAUUUUGUAUAAUGUGUAUAGGUUCUCUUUAUAAGCAGAGAUGGAUGAUAGUUAGUAGUGGAAUGCAGGACACGCAUUUCGUCCCAUUUGGGACUUGUCAGCUGGGUGUGCCUGGAUCCCAAAGUUGAUGUUCACUCCAUCCAUCUCUGCUUAUGAUGCAACCCACAAAGAAUGCACAUAUGCCAAUAAGAGACGGAUCAAUUGCAGUUCUAAACAUCAAUGGGAAGAUUCAAGUAACCAAUACAAAAAUGAAUUAGAGAUUUACUUUGUUUAAUUCAUAUUGGUACAAGGAGGCACCAAAUACAUAUGCGCCACACAAAUCUCAUUCAAUAUGUGUGAGGGCUGUGAUACUGUUCGGGUGCCCAGACCGAAGCAGGUGGUUUUCUUAGUGGGCUACACCCUGAGCCUUCGACCUGAAGGUCUGAUCCACAAGACGGUGGAGCAUCGUGAGGAGAUGCAUUCCUAUGGUAGCCGGUGACCAACGAUUGGUUCAUACGCUAUUUGUUCCUUCAGGAUACUGGAGCCCAUGUGCAACAUUGGUUUGGGAUUCGGUUGAAGCGCCGGACAUUCGCUUUUCGUCCUCUCAAUGUCGUAAACAACACCCCCGCCACGAGAAGAUAGUGAUUAGGACUUUCCUGGGAGAGGCUGUAUACGCGUGGCCGUGUGAGAGCAUUUCGAGACGGAGGGCGGGCCGACCCCACUCUCGGCCAAACCAGGGCAUUUGGAAUUAAUAUUCUUAAAAUAUGAAUUUCUUGGAAUCCAAACCAAAAACAGUAACUGUUGAGUUUCGCUAUUAGUCUACCUAGAAACUAAUAUUAACAAGUUUAUCAAUAAGAUUCAUUUUUAAUUGAUACAGUUAGAUAACAUGGUUUUAGGAGCAAUUUUUAGUCUCAUUUAAACAUCAAUCACUACUGUUCUAUGCUCCUUUUUGUGAUACCUAUUUAGCUUAUUUCGAAUCUUGUGUCUUUGUGAAAAAAUAUUUCACUGAUAAACAUUAACCACUAAAUAACAGGUAUAUUAAAUUCAUUAUCAGAAUAGGGAUUUGUGGAGAUUGUAGUAAUUUUAUUAGUUGAAUUCAUGAGUUGAUCUGGGCUAGACUACCAUUGGAAACCUGGAAGCACUGGACGACCGUUUUAUCCUAGUAUGAGACUCCUCAGCAGUGCGCAUCCACCAUCUUGCAUGAAAGGACUUGAACACAGGACCUGCAGCAUCGCUCGCGAACGCUUAACCUGUAGACCCUUAUAUAUUAACACCGUUGGAUGCUGGCCCAUUGAUCUAGAGGUUGAGCGUUCUCACGAGACUCAAUAUCCUGGGUUCGGACCUUGCGUGUGGAGUCACGUAUGUGAAUUUUCAAGGAUUCCCUUACAAAGAAGAAGCAGCUAUCCAAUGCUUUCAAGUUGUCAAUGAUGGUCUAAUACUGAUCGGUUAGUGAUUUCAAUCAAAUGCAUUUUUGUUUAAACGGUUGAGAUAAUUAAGCUGAUC